AUGGAGGUGCUCGUGACCGUCGACGUGCUGCGCCGGGCCAAUGCGGACGUCGUGGUGUCGUCGGCCGAGGGCGGCGCCGAGGUCGUCGUCGCGCGCCACGGCACGAGGAUCGUCGCCGACGCGCUGCUGCACGACGCCGUCGCCGCCGGCCAGCAGUUCGACCUCGUCAUCGUGCCGGCAAGUCGCGCGCUCUCUGCAUUGCUGCUACCCUGCUCGAUACGGGUGGCAUGCCCGGCGCGAAAGACGCUGGCCGGCACGGAGGCGCUCGUGGCGCUGCUGAAGGUGCAUGCGGCGGCGGGCAGGGCGUACGGCGCCACGGCGCAGGUGCUGGAGCCGCACGGCCUCCUCGAGGGCAAGAAGGCGACGACGUGCGCGUCCACGGCGGACCCCAGCGAGUGCGGGAGCAGGGUGGUGGUGGACGGGAACCUGGCCACGAGCGGCAGCCCCGGGACGGCUAUGGAGUUCGCGCUGGCCGUCGCGGAGAAGCUGCUCAGCCCCGAGGCGGCGCGGGAGGCCAAGCGGGUGCUGGUGCCGGUGGCCGCCGGCACGGAGCCGGUCGAGGCGGCCGCCACCGCCGACGUCCUCAACCGCGCCGGCGCGCGGGUCACCGUCGCCACCGCCGACCCGCCCGGGGACGACGGCCUCGUCGUCCAGGCCGCCUACGGGGUCAAGCUCGUCGCCGACAGCCGCGUCGCCGACCUGCAGGGGGAGUCCUUCGACCUCAUCGCCCUGCCGUCGAUAAAUUUGUGUGCUGUAGGGAGGAAUGCCUGGGUCAGUUGGUCUCAGAGAUUGCAAAGCGCUCGAGAAGAUGGUCAAGACCCACGCCGAGAAUGGGGCCUCUACGGCGCCAUCUGCGCUGCGCCAGCGGUGACGCUGGCUUAUUGGGGCAUGCUCAAAGGCCUAAAGGCGACCUGUUAUCCGUUGUUCAUGGAGAAGUUCACUGCAGAGGUGAUCCCUGUGGACUCGAGGGUUGUGGUCGACAGAAAUGCCGUCACCAGCCAGGGUCCAGGAACAGCGAUCGAGUUUGCUCUUGCCAUGGUGGAGAAGCUGUAUGGCAAAGAGAAGAUGGAGGAAGUUGCUGGGCCUUUGUACUUGCGCCCUCAACAUGGAGCUGAAUAUACCAUAGAAGAGCUUAAUUCAGUUGAAUGGGAAUGUGGUAGCACACCUCAGGUUCUUGUUCCAGUUGCUAAUGGAUCAGAGGAAAUUGAAGCCUUCAAUUUGAUAGAUGUGUUGCGUAGAGCAGGAGCAAAUGUUAUUGUUGCAUCAGUGGAGGAGAAGUUACAAAUUGUGACCCGUCGCCAUAAGUUUAAUCUAAUUGCUGAUAUGAUGUUGGAUGAAGCCACUGAAAUGCAAUUUGAUUUGAUUGUCAUGCCGGGAGGUUUGCAAGGUGCCCAGAAGUUUGCUAGUACAAAGAAACUUGUUGACUUACUCAAGAAACAGGCAGAAUCAAAUAAACCAUAUGGUGCAAUAUGUGCCUCUCCAGCUCAUGUGCUUCAGCCGCACGGUUUACUGAAGGGCAAGAAGGCGACAGCAUUUCCACCUAUGUCGCACCUGCUCACAGAUCAGAGUGCAUGUGAGCAUAGGGUUGUUGUAGAUGGUAACCUUAUCACCAGUAGAGCCCCAGGCACUGCGACAGAGUUCACCCUAGCCAUUGUUGAAAAACUGUUUGGUCGAGAUAAAGCUGUCAGUAUAGCAAAGGAGUUGAUCUUUAUGUGA